ACUGUUGAUCUAUAUACCAAAGAGUUAUCAAUUCAUUAUUAAAUAUUAAGUGAUAGUUGCAAAUCAAACACUGAGUGUUACUGAAUGACUUAACAUUAAAUUCUGUCAAAAAAAAAGAAAAUAUUUUUUAAAUUGUACAUUGUUAUACAAGUGUAAAAAUAAUUUUUGAAAAUCUAAAAAUGUCUUCAGCUUAUCCACUUGAACAUGAAUCUGUGACAAUAUUUAGAGAAUAUCUACGAAUACCAACAGUUCAACCAAAUGUCAACUACAAUGAAUGUAUAAAGUUUCUGGAACGUCAAGCUCAAAGACUUGGUCUUCCAUUAAAAGUUUUUUAUAUGACACCAGAAAAACCAGUUGUAAUUAUUACAUGGGUAGGACAAAAAUCUGAAUUGCCAUCUUUAUUACUCACUUCUCAUAUGGAUGUUGUUCCAGUAUAUCCUGAGAAGUGGAUAUAUGACCCAUUUUCUGCACACAAAGAUGAAAGUGGAAAUAUUUAUGCUAGAGGUGCACAAGACAUGAAAUGUGUUGGUAUUCAGUAUUUAGAAACCAUCAGAAAGUAUAUAACAGAAAAACUCAAAUUGAAAAGAACCAUACAUAUAUGUUUUACACCAGGUAAAUACAAUAAUUAUAUUGUUCUUGAAAAUAAAAUAUUUGUUUUUGUAAAUUUAGAUGAAGAAAUUGGAAGUAAAUUUGGAAUGGCUAAAUUUGUAACAACUUCGGAGUUUGCAAAAUUAAAUGUUGGUUUUGCUCUGGAUGAAGGAAUAGCAACACCACAUGAAGCUUUUGAUGUAUACUAUUGUGAAAGAACUUCUUGGUAUUUAAUUAUAACUUGUACUGGCCAGACUGGACAUGGUUCAAUAUUACAUGAAAAUACAGCCGGAGAAAAAUUACAAUUUAUUAUCAAUAAAUUUAUGAAUUGGAGAGAAUAUGAAAAGACUAAAUUACAAAACAGUGAUUUGGAACUUGGAGAUGUGACAACUAUAAACUUAACAAUGAUAAAUGGGGGGUGUCAGAUAAAUGUUGUGCCAACUGAAUUAUCAGUUACUUUUGAUAUACGGUUAGCAAUUGAUGUAGACAUUAAAAAAAUGAUGGAAACUGUAGAAGAAUGGUGUCGUAGUGCUGGUCCAGGCGUUUACGUUCAGUUUAAGGACAACCCAAUUCGUGUUAGACCAACUAAAGUUGAUGAUACUAAUCCAUGGUGGAUUGCAUUCAAGAAUGAAUGUGAUAAAAUGGACAUGAAAAUCAAUACUCGUAUAUUCCCCGCAGGAACAGAUAGCAAAUUUAUAAGAAAUGUUGGUAUACCAGCUUUGGGAUUUUCCCCAAUGAACCAAACAAAAACUUUAUUGCAUGAUCAUAAUGAAUUUCUUAAUGAAAAAACAUUUAUCAGAGGUUUGGAUAUUUAUUAUAAUAUAAUCAAAGGACUUACAUCGGUUUGAAAUUCUAAUUAUCAAUUAGAAUUGUAUUUACUAAUAAUUAAACAAUUGAUUUUUAAAAAAAAAAUGUAUUAAAAUAAUAAAA